UGCAUUAUUGAUAAUAAUAAUUACGUUGACAUGCGCAUUUCUACUUGAGGGGGGCUAAUUUUCCAAGCCUGAAGAAUUUGUUGAAGAAGGAGAGGAAAAUUGUUUGCAACUCUUUGCUCCUGAUGGUUGCACCAUGUCGAGGCGUAAGCAAGCCAAGCCGCAGCACAUCGACUCCGACGAGCCUGCCUCGUUAGGAAACGGGAUUUUACGAGAUCCUGACGAGACUGGAAAUGAAGUGAAGAAGUUCAGAAUGGAUGAGACCAAAGUCUGCAACAGGUGCUGUGCCGAAUUCUUUGAUGAAGCAGAAUUUCUUGAGCAUGAGAAAAAUUGCACUAAGAGUCAACAAGUGGUCAUCAUGAAAGAUGGAGAUAGCAAUGAAGUCCCUGAGGAAUAUUCACAAGGCUCUCCUGAUGGCCUCACGAGUGACCACGACGAUAGCCAGUCGAGCAGCCAUUCCCUGUCAAAUAUCAAUACAGACCACUUGGAAAGAACGGAGGAAGAGUCCAGCAUGAAUGCAGAGGAUUUGGCACAACAGGAUCCGGCAGAUAUGGCUGCAAGCCCCGAGAUGACUUUCCAUCCCUUAUCUAAGCUCCAAGAUUCAAAUGUCACUCUUGAAGCCAUGGCAGACACUAAGGUGGCUGUCUCUCAACAUUCUUCAAGUAAUAAAUCUCUGACCUCAUCCCAGGAAUCCCUGCAGGCCAUCCCAAUGAUCUUGGAACAGUUAGUGUGCCUUCAGCAACAGCAGCUACAGCAAAUCCAGCUCACAGAACAGAUUCGAAUUCAAGUAGCCAUGAUGACUCCACAGGCUCUCCAGUCAUCAGUAGGGGCAGUGAUGGAUCCUCUGAAAGCUCUUGGUGCACAUCUCUCUCAACAGCUGUCUGCUGCUGCAGCACUGAUAGGUAAAAGGACCGGAAGCGAGAGCCUUUCUGUGGAGGCGAUGAAGCAAGGUAAACUACCUCUUCCCACUGGCAUCCCAGCCUCUCUGCCUGGAGGACUGGGUUCAUUGACUUCUAAAACAGACAUUUUAAAGGGCAUUCCAGAUCUGGCUAGCCGUUUACCAGCACUACUGCCACAGUCACCAGGUGUCAUGGGUUUCCCUAGCACCUUCAAUGGUAUCCAAGCAGGGACCGAGUCUUCCAAAAAAGUGAAGACAAAGAUGCUGAACCUCCCACCAGACUCGAAGAACGGCGACUCAUUGUACAAGCACAAAUGUAAGUACUGCGGGAAGACCUUUGGCAAUGACAGUGCUCUCCAGAUUCACUUGCGUUCUCACACCGGUGAGAGGCCCUUUAAGUGUAACAUUUGUGGAAACCGCUUCACAACCAAAGGAAACCUCAAAGUGCAUUUCCAAAGGCAUAAAGACAAGUACCCAAACAUCAGCAUGAACCCACAUCCUGUGCCAGAGCACCUUGACAGUAUUCCCACCAGCAGUGGCAUUCCCUUUGGCAUGUCGGUGCCCAUCGAUGAUUCAAAUUUGACUGAAAUUAAGCCCAUACUAGGCCAUCCUGCUCCUGGCUUCCACCCAGGGUUGAAGACUUUUGACAGCUUUGCAGAGAACCCGUUUUCUCAGCGACCCUCACCAUCAACAAGUGAUGGCUCCCCAUCUGUUUCCUCUAAUGUGUUUGGCCAUGAGGCUGGACUGGAUGCGACUCAGAAGGAUGCUAAAGAACUGCUUGGGGCACUGCAUCAUAUGAAUGGUAGUGCCCUGCCAGGAGAACAAAGCUCUGGAACUGCAAAGCUUCAGCAGAUGGUGGAUGGCCUGGAAAAGAGGACCAGUGACCCUAAUGAGUGUGUAAUCUGCCAUAGAGUGCUCAGUUGCCAGAGCUCACUCAAAAUGCAUUACCGCACACACACCGGAGAGAGGCCCUACAAGUGCAAAAUCUGUGGCCGUGCCUUCUCCACCAAGGGUAACCUUAAAGCCCAUUAUGGGGUACACAGGUCUAACACUCCUCUUAAAAUGCAGCACUCAUGUCCCAUCUGCCAGAAGAAGUUCACCAAUGCUGUGGUUCUGCAGCAACACAUUCGUAUGCACAUGGGUGGUCAGAUCCCCAACACACCAAUGCCAGAAAACCAGUUUGAAGCGGUAGAUGCAAUGGACUCAUCUCUGCCAGAGGAGAUGCCUAUGGACACCAAUGGUUUUGAAGCUAGCACUGAGGAUCACAAGCCAGAGCUGAACUCCCACAAGUCAAAUGACACCUCAGAUUCUCUCCCGCCUGCUUCUGAAGAGCAACCACAGCAGCAUGUUGCCCCUGCUGUGUUUUCCAGCCUAGAUGUUUUGAAGAAUCUCACCUCUGCUCUUGCACUGAAACGACAGAGUAGCACAGCUUCAGAAAGUGAGGGAACUUCCAAAGAAUCCCCAUCAGCUCCUAGAGAGCAGGAAUAUCAGAAUGGUCGUAGUCCUGCUAUUUCUGACUCGGCCACGUCCUUUCACUCCUCUUCCCCAAUAAACAACAUGAGUAGUUGCAAGUCCCCCGAGUCUGCUGUUGAUGAAUUUUCCCGCAGCAUGUCAAAACCGGAGUCUGAUGGUGGUGCUCAAGGUGGCACAGAGUCCGGUGGAGCCCUCGACCUCACAGCUUCCAGCAGCUUCACCCCCAGAGCAAUUAAAGAGGAACCCAGCAUUCCAUUCACAAACGGAGACUAUGCAGUUCCUAGUAACAUGCCUUUCAUGAGGAUACCAUCAAGCCUGGCCAGUCUGGAGAUGAAGAUUCCUCCAGAAAAUCCUCUGGGCCCUCACGGUUUGUUCAGCUCCCAUAUGCCUCAGGGAACGGCCAUGCCCUCCAUCUCCACCGCACCACGACGAUCAAGCAAACAGCACGUGUGCAAUACCUGUGGCAAGAACUUCUCAUCUGCCAGUGCCUUGCAGAUUCAUGAGCGCACUCACACAGGGGAGAAGCCUUUUGCCUGCAACAUCUGUGGCAGAGCUUUCACCACCAAAGGAAAUCUAAAGGUGCACAUCGGCACUCACAUGUGGAACAACUCGUCACGGCGCGGCCAGCGUCUGUCUCUGGAUAAUCCCAUGGCGCUGAUGGCAAUGAGCUCCGAGACGAAGAUGUUGCCAGAAAUCAUGCAGGCCCCCAAAGAACUGGGUGCUCCUCAAGUGAACUUUGACCCAUCUCUGUGGAACCAGUAUGCUGCUGCCUUCAGUGGUGGCCUGACCAUGAAGACCAAUGAAAUAUCUGUCAUCCAGGGUGGUGGCAUCCCAAUCCCUGGGAGCCCUGCUGGCGGUCCUCUAAUUGGAUCCACCGGAGGCCUCAUGAAGAUGGAUGGAUCUCACUCUGGCUUGCCUGCCACUAUGGCUGAAAUUGAGAAGAACAGCUCAGAGAGUGUGCCAAAAUCCCAGUUCCCACAUUUCAUGGAGGAGGGUAAAAUCGCAGUUAAUUAGGCUUUUUAGCCUUCAGUAAAUUUGUCACAUUAACUCAGUGUCUGAAUGUCUCCUUUUUGAAUGAGGUACAAUCAAUAUUCAGAGGAAACUUUGUAGAAUUCUGCGUAGAUUGUUUGAAUUUUUUUCCAGUAACUUCAUUGCAGUUCCUCUCCCUCCUGAUCUGAAAGAUUCUCAAUUUUUAUUUUUAGUUGAACUUGAUAUUACUACUGUAGUUUUAUUUUAUAUAAAUAUAUAUGCGGGUAUUUUUUUUUUCCUGUGAGUUCUUUUUUGUUUUGCUGUCUAUCAGAAAUUUGAAUGUAUAACUUACUUGAAACUGCUUUAAUUCAGACCAUCUCCUUGAUACUUUUGAAGGAUUUUGACUUUAAUAGGAAAAGUUUCAGGGCAUAACGUUUUUAAGGACACCAUGUCUCAGUGUUCAGAAGUAAUGGUGUAGUUAGCCGUAUGUAUCUAUAAAGACUACUUUCCCUCCUAUUGUGUGCCAUAGGUUUUAUGUCAUUGUACAUUUUUGUAGUGGUGAAUGUCAUUAGCAUGUCUCAUUUUGAAGGGGCUCUUGAUCACAUUGACAGGUCGGCCUAGUGCCUUGUAUAUUACAUUGUGUUGCAACAGUUCCAGUCAUCAGUUUUGGAUAAUGUAGGCCAUGAAAUAAGCUUUCAUUGUUGCUCCAUUGGUACCAAGAUAUAAUAGUUAAGGACUCGCACCCUUUGCAAAGUGCCUAACAUGUUGCUGUUGUCUUUCACUGCACCACAAGGUUGUUAUGAAGGCUGUUAGACUGAUAAAUUAGUGUGUUGUAGUAUGUAGCAUUACAUGUAUUUCAUAUUUUCAUUGGUUUCCAAAAGUCCCCCCUCCCCACCCCUUUCGCCCCCAAACAUACAUCUACAUGUAAAUCUGCAGUAAAAUUUAGUUGGCUGAGGUCUGAAGGCUUUUAUAUGCUUAAUGUUCUCAUGCCUGCACUUUAUCCCAGGUUGUUACAGUUACAUUUUAUAGUUACAUUUCAUGUUGCUUUUAUUGUGAUAGCAGGGAAAGAGCAAAUCAGUAAUUGUUUACUUUUUCUUCCUGUCAAGAUUUUGUUUGAAACGGCCAUUUAGAGUAACUGUCAGACUUUUUUUUCUAGGUUAUCUUAUCAGCUUGUAGCAUCAUUAAUUUAUUUGUACUUCACAAAAUGCUUGAGUUUAGGGGGUAAGAUCUACCUCGUUACGAUUUUUAGUUGUCCUCCAUCCCCCUACUCUCAGUACAUUGCUCUGUAUAUUUUCUGAUACAUUCUCAAGUAUGCGAUAAGAUUUUUUUCACUCUCAACCUGCUGAGUUGAACAGUUAUGAAUGUAUCACUGGACACUUUACACAACUCAGAAUGGUCAGAGUACUUUGUAGGCCCCUGCUGUACAUUCCUUAUCGAUAUGCAUUUGCCAAGUUGUGCCUUUCUUUAGCAAACCGUGUCAAAACUGCUUUCAAGUUGUCUCUACAAUUCAAGUAAUGUUGAGCCAAUUUGGUCUGUUUACAAUGUAAAUGUCUUGUUUUUCAAAUGUUUCCUUCACCUAAUGUUUUCUGAUUUUGAAAAAUAAAAUCAGGGUGACUUUUUCAACA